AUGGAUCCCGCGAAGUUGGCUAAGUUGCAGGCCGCCGCCCAGGCCAACCGCAUUGGAGGCAAGGGUACCCCCCGCCGCAAGGUCAAGAAGGUCCACAAGUCCUCCGGCGCCGAUGACAAGAAGCUCCAGGCCACCCUGAAGAAGAUGAACGUCCAGCCCAUCCAGGCCAUUGAGGAGGUCAACAUGUUCAAGGAGGACGGCAACGUCAUUCACUUCGGUGCCCCCAAGGUCCACGCCUCCGUCCCCUCCAACACCUUCGCCCUCUACGGUAACGGUGAGGAGAAGGAGCUCACCGAGCUCGUCCCCGGUAUCCUGAACCAGCUCGGCCCCGACAGCCUGGCCUCCCUCCGCAAGCUCGCCGAGAGCUACCAGAACAUGCAGAAGGCCCAGGGCGCCGAGGGCAAGAAGGACGACGAGGAAGAUGAUAUCCCCGACCUCGUCGAGGGCGAGAACUUCGAGAGCAACGUCGAGUAG